GGGAUUGACUUUGACUGAUUCAGUAUACAGAACAUAAAGCUUCCUUCCUAGCUAAGGCCAUUCUCUCUACUCCUCUGAAAGCCGAUCAAAGAAUUGGUAUCACCAUCCCUUUGAUCCACAGCGGAUGGCAGAAGCUGAUUCCAAACCUAUCAGCAUCUUAGUCUUCGUGAUGAUGGACGGUGAUCCAUACAGGUUGAUUUCAGCGAAUUCUAAUGAUACCAUAAAAUCUGUCCAUUACCAAAUUCGAGAGGUUUUCGGAAUUCCGCUUACCCUACAGAAAAUAUAUUACUUUGGGAAGAGGCUAGAGUGGUGCCAGACACUUAAGGAGUGCUCAAUUAAAAACUAUGCUUGUCUCCAGGUAGUGCUCCGAAAGGAUGGUGUAACUCGCCAGAAUUCUUCUGAGGCUUUAAAUUUGGUUUCACAGAUACAUGCUAUGUGCCAGAGGAAAUCGGUCGCCUUUGAUUAUGGAUGCAUAAGCAACAAAAUAAGAGACCUUUUCUCCAUUUUGAGGCAGCAGACGACGUUUCUUCUAGUUACUCUCCCUUCGUCUUUUGUUACGCUUUAUGAAAAUAUCGAAGAGAUUGGUGAUGCGGUAAUCAGAUUUUUCUUGGAUUCAUUAUUGAAGAUGAUGUUGGCAAAAGGUUGGCUUGAUAAAUGUGCAUCUAUACUUACACGAUUAUGCGUCUAUCUUCGGUCGUAUCAUGGUGAUGGUAACCACCUGUAUCUCUUAUGCCGCACUCAUCUAAGAGAGUUGUUUGAAAAAGGCAAGUAUAAAAUCAAUUUCGAGUAUCUUGAAGACCCAAUAACAAGUAUUCUUUUCAUUUUUAGAGAAUUGGCAGAAAACUUGUCUAGAGAUUUGGAUCGCAGGGCCACUCCAUCCUCAGGCGUCAUUGAUGUUCGUCACUUUAAGGCAUUUUCACUCGUUUUAUGUAAUACCAUUCAUUUGCGAGUGGAUUCCGCUUUACAAUACUAUCUGCGUUUUGAACCUACAUUUUCUGACUUGCUUUCAAAGACGGAAGCGUACCUUGCUCAUUUUGAAAAUUUCUCGUACAUGGAAUCUGCUUAUUGUGGAUAUUCUCAAUAUCUUACCAUUCUGAAGGCAUUGCAUGUGAUAUCUAAACUUUGCAAGAGUGGUGAAGAACGCUUUUGGAAUGUAUUAAGAAACAAAAGGCGUUCACUGUUAGAACUAAUAGCUAAAUGCACUGAUAGAACCAAUGAUCACUUGUGGCUACUCGAGCGAAAGGAUGUGAUGGAUAGUAAAUAUAGGAUGCAUUUAGCCAUGAUGAUGAUGACUGAGAUAAGAAUACAUGAUGUGGAGUUAUAUGAGAUGCUCGUUUGGUCUGAAAAACUGGACGCCAAUCUGUAUAUGGCAUUCAAAAAUCAGCAAAUUACAAAUCGUGAAGUACAACAGUAUUGGUUACGCCAGUUAUGUGGAGCUAUAUUCAAUCCUCAAAAGUCCCUUUUUCUGGCGUGCCCAAAUGAUCCUAAGAGGUUCUAUCCUAAUCCUGCAAUUGAGCCUAACACCUUAGACCUCGAGUGCUUUAAAUUCGUUGGGAAGUUGGUUGCGAUAGCUUUAAUGUCUGAAAUACAAAUUGGUGUUGCCUUUGCCCAUGUGUUUCUUAUGCAACUGGCCGGAAGGAGGAAAUUUUCACUAGAAGAUGUAAGGGAUCUAGAUCCCUCCUUGCAUAGUUGGUGCAAGGAGAUCAUAGAUGGUGAGGUCAUUGACUCUGAAGUUCUAGAAUUCCCUGAAGCUUUGUUGGGGUGCCAAUGGAGCACAGAACUGAGCUAUGUGAAUAGCAAAAGUAGCAGGGAGGCUUAUGUUGAUCAUCUAAUUCAACACCGUUUUGUCGCAUCUAUCUCUGAGCAAGUAUCAUUUUUCAUGCAAGGAUUUGAUAGUGUUUUUGGUACAUCAAUCGGCAAGUUGUUGUCUGUUAAAGGACUGGAGCUUGAAGACCUUAAUGAGUCGCUGUGCGGAUACGUAAUUACUACAACUUUACAGCUCGACAAUAAAAGUAAUCCCCUGAUGUCUCGGUUCCCAAAGGCAUGGCAAUUUCCGAAAAUACAUGAUGCAAAAUUAUAUGAGAUGCUCAUUGUUUGGUCAAAAAAUCUGAGCAAGAAUCUGUAUAUGCAAUUCAAAAAUCAGCAAGUUACAGAUCCUGGAGUACUGCAGCAUUGGUUAUGCAAGUUAUGUGGAGCUAUAUUCAAUCCACAAAACCCCCUUUUCCUAGCGUGCCCAAAUGAUCCUAAUAGGUUUUAUCCUAAUCAUUCAAUUGAGCUCGAACCCUUCCACUUCGAUUGCUUGGAAUUUGUUGGGAAGUUGGUUGCAUUAGCUUUGAUGUACGAAGUACAAGUGGGUGUUGCCUUCGCCCAUUUGUUUCUUUUGCAACUGGCUGGAAGAAGGAAAAUUUCACUAGAAGAUGUAAAAGAGGUAGAUCCUUACUUAUAUAGUUGGUGCAACAAGUUCAUAGAUGCUGAGCUCAUUGACUCUGAAGUUCUAGAAUUCGCUGAAGCUGAAUUGGGGUGCCAAUGGAGCACAGAACUAAGCCACGUGAAUAGCAAACGUAGCAGGGAGUUUUAUGUUGAUCGUCUAAUUCAACAUCGCUUUGUCAAAUCUAUUUCUAAUCAGCUAUUAUUUUUCAGAAAAGGAUUUGAUAAUGUUUUUGUGGAACUUCACAACUCAACAAGAGAAAAUUUUUGA